AUGUACCCCGGCCUCCUGAGCCGGCUUGUGGGCCGAGGCCUCGUGCGGGCGGCGGGGCGGCGGUGCCGGGGCUGCUCCGCUCGCCUGCUCGCCGAGCCCACGGGAGGUGCUGGGCCGGGCGUGGAAGUGCCGCCGCCGCCGCCGUGCCGGGUCGCGCCGCGAAGCCGGGACCCGGGCCUGCUGCCGCUGUUGGCAGCGCUUGCCUGGUUCUCGAGGCCCGCUGCGGCACAGGAGGAGGAGGAGGAGGAGGAGGAUCAGGAGCGGCAGUCUGAGGGCGGGGACGCGGCCGACGCGGCGGAGGCCGAGAUCAUCCAGCUGCUGAAGCGAGCCAAGUUGAGCAUCAUGAAAGAUGAGCCAGAGGAAGCUGAGCUGAUUUUGCAUGAUGCUCUUCGCCUUGCAUAUCAGAGUGAUAACAAGAAGGCCAUCACUUACACUUACGAUUUGAUGGCCAACUUAGCAUUCAUACGAGGCCAACUUGAAAAUGCAGAACAACUUUUUAAAGCAACAAUGAGUUACCUGCUUGGCGGAGGCAUGAAGCAGGAAGACAAUGCAAUAAUUGAAAUCUCCCUGAAGCUGGCUAGUAUAUAUGCUGCUCAGAAUAGGCAAGAAUUUGCCCUUGCUGGUUAUGAGUUCUGCAUUUCAACUCUAGAGGAAAAAAUUGAAAGAGAAAAGGAAUUAGCAGAAGAUAUUAUGUCAGUGGAAGAGAAAGCCAAUACUCACCUCCUCCUGGGCAUGUGCUUAGACUCGUGUGCACGCUACCUGCUGUUCUCCAAGCAGCCAUCACAGGCACAAAGGAUGUAUGAAAAAGCCCUGCAGAUUUCUCAAGAAAUACAAGGAGAAAGGCACCCACAGACCAUUGUGUUGAUGAGUGACCUGGCUACUACCCUGGAUGCACAGGGCCACUUUGAUGAAGCCUAUAUUUAUAUGCAAAGAGCAUCAGACCUGGCGAGAGAGAUAAAUCACCCUGAGCUGCACAUGGUGCUCAGUAAUCUGGCAGCAAUUUUGACACACAGAGAACGAUACACACAAGCAGAAGAGAUCUACCAAGAAGCACUGAAGCAAGCAGAGCUGAAAAGAGAUGAGGUUUCUAUACAGCACAUCCAGGAAGAGUUGGCUGAUCUGGCAAGAAAGAGUAGACUUUUGACAUAACUUCAUCAAGCUUAAAUUCAUUUUGUUAUAGGGCAGAUAAUUUCUGACAACCCAAAGGAAUAGCAAUUAUUCCAGUCUCUGUGGCACCCAAGUAAGUGUUAAGUCUUUUAAUGUUACUAUUCAGGUUUCCUUAACUUAGCCUUGUUGAAAAAGACAUUGUACAUGCUGCCACUUUUGCUUUCUAAUUUUUUUUUUAUUUUUUUUUUGAGACAUCACCUCACUGUGUGUCACAGGCUGGUUUGGAAUUUGUUGUGUAGCUCAAGCUGGCCUCCAACUUGCCAUCCUCCUGCCUUACCCUCCCAAGGGCUGAGACUAGGCAGGUGCUAUCAUACCUGACACUACUUUUGGUUUUAAAGGAGAAACAACUGUCAUCUUUUACUGAUUAUGUUUGUAGGGACUGGUGUCAAGUGCUAUUUUUCAUGCUAUACAUGUAAGGUGCCCGUGCUGGUUCCAAGUAAAAUUGGGCCAGUUUCCCUAGUUGUGAUCACUGCACACUGUUUAGCCUGCUGACUUACUGUCCUCUUAUCUCUUUGUCAAUAUCUGGCAGAAUAAAGCUACAGGAGAUUUUAAGUUCUCUAACACUGUGUUCAUGAAGCACUUAUGGGCUUUAGCAAAUGUAGGAGGAAGGGAUGUUUUAGUCAGUCACCAGCAAAGCUGCAUUAACUUUUAAAGUGGGAGCUAGGCACUUGAAAGUACAGUAUCCAUUUGAUUGGAAAUAAAAUUUACUAUGUAUUUGGUUAUAGGCAAUUAUUAAAAGUGGAGGGGGAAGGCAUACAACUAUCAGUGCUAUCUGAACACUUGACUUCCUUUUGUAACUAUAAUCCCACAAGAGCUGAACCCUAGGCCUCUUAGAACAGGGCCUUUCUAGAAGUGUAGGCUUAAAACCCUCAGUAAUUUACCCUAGUUAGGCCUGGCCUUUGAUUUCAGUACCUCAGUAUUCUCAUCUGUAGAGUGGGAAACAAAGAGAUUCUUUCUUAGCCAUGGGAAAAGGUAUCUUGAUCAAAUGACUUAAAUAGACUGCCACAUUGAAAAGCUUUAUCACUGCCUCAAAGUAUGUCAAAACACAUAGAUGAUGUCCUUCUGUAUUCUUGCAAACAGCUAUUUGCUUGAGUCCCCCUCCUCCCGGGUACUAUGAAAGAACAUGGCUGGUGGUUGGUAGGGUGUGUGAGUGGGACUGGCAAACAGAUUUACAGUUUGUAUUGGGAGAAUCUUUCCAUCGUGACAUAUUGUAUGUAUUCCAGUCAACUCUCAAUUUCUCACAGGAAGAAAAUUUGCUGUUACUAAAAAGAAAAUCCUAGAAACCCUAAUGUCCAAAUCCUCAUGAAUUACAGUUAGAAUUGUGCAGAUGUAGAUACCUGUUUAACAUCAGCUAACCCUGUUAACCAAAUAUAACCCUAAGAGGUAAGAUUUCAGUCACCUUGUUCAUUGAGAAUAUAUUUUUUUAGCACUUCAUAAUUUCAAGGGUUACCAAAAGUUAGAUUUUUUUUUUCCAUUCCAAGUUUUAUUUAAGAUUAUUUUUAGUCCUCCACAGUGAUUCAGCUCAUGAUCUUGCUGCUGGAAAAACAGAGUCUAUAUGUGAGCGUUCUCAUUAAGGUUCAUUUGCACUGCUGUAAAACAAGUUAGUGAAACAAAAGACCAAUCUCCUUAAACUUAAAUGUGAAUAGUUAUAAAACUGUAUAGUUUAAAAUUUUGAACUCUAACAUGUUAUUGGAAUUUGUAGAGCAAAAUGUAAAACAGAAUCAUAGCACAUAAAUACUUAAAAUGCAUUAUGAAAUUUCUAAUUGUAAAUGUACCAGAAAAUAGGCUACCAGAAUACAUCUAUUGGAAGACCUUAAAUUAGUUGUAGGUACUAAAAGAUCAUUUAUUACAGAUAUGGCAUCAGCCUACACAAAAAAGUUUUAUCUUGAUUUGCAGCUAAUUCACCAAGUUAUCAGUGGUGUGCUAGCCAUUUAUAUCACAGUAGAGUGCACCUCCACCCCUCUUAGAGGGUUUGCUUCAUUGGUAAGCUAUAUGAGAAUUCUGCCCUUUCAUUGUUUAGAGCUGAACUGGCUUUCAUCUCCCAUUCUGAAAUCCCCUUUCUAGGUGAUGAAAGAUGAAGUAAUGUACACACGUGCUGUGAUGAGGAAUCCUCGGGUAGAAGGAAGUACAAGAGUUAACAGUUUUGGCUCUGAGCUGACUUUGCAGAAAUGAGAACCUCAGGGUCACAGAAAGGAAUCAUUGUGGUCUCUUUUUGAACCGAUUGGCAAUGUGAAUUCUAUGAAAAAGCUCUAGAAUGUUACCAUUACCUGGAAAAAGCUUUCAAUAAUAAACUUAAUUAGAAUAUUUGGUUUUCCACUCAUGUUAAGAUUGUAUGAGUAUUAGAAAAAGUUACUUUCUUAAACUUUGACAGUCUCAAAUGUCCAAGAGUGACAGUGACAGGAGGGCUUAGAUUUGACAAGUAUAGGCCUUUAAAGUACUGAAGCUAUCUAUGUAAGACAUAGGAUUAGACGCCAGUGCUGUGGAGAAGAAGGUCUCAGCCAGGGGUCAUCACAGAGCUGCUUUCUUUUUCUUUUUUCACGUAGGGUCUUGUUCUAGCCCAGGCUGAUAAGGAAUUCACUUGGUAGUCUCAGGGUGGCCUUGAAUUCACAGAGGAUCUUCCUACCUCUGUCUCCCAAGUGCUGGGAUUAUAGGUGUGUGCCACCAUGCCUUGCAAGAGCUGCUUUCUUGAGACUGGGGUAUUGUUUAGAAGUUCAGGUCUACUUGAAAGUAAUUUAAAGUGCCAAUUUUAAUGAUCCUAAGAGACCUCUAUUUCUCCCUUUAUAGUUACCAGUGGACAUCUCUCCAAACCCUUAAGCAUUUGUAUGCUCAGAAACUUGAAUGCCACCAUUAUGUUGUGUGAAAACAAAUCUCAAAGUACAGUAAGAAAUUCUUAAUGAAGAAUAUAACUAAUCCUCCAGUGCUAUACAGUUUAAAAUUCCGUCUUGUAACUUAACUUGUACCUUAAGUACCUGUGAAAUGAAAGCACUAAACACAGAAGUGGAGAGCAGGCACUGACAGAGAUGGAAAAGAGACUGGUCGCCAUGAGAUUAGUUCAGGAUGCAGCACAAAGCAAGUCUGAAAGACUGAGAUUUUAUAUAUUGUCUGCAUUAUCAUUUAACUCAGUCAGUCAUAUAUAUCAAACUAAAAAAAGGCAUGUAAGUUUUUCCUUUGAAACCUGAGACAUGAGUCUUAAAUCGCAAAUGAUCUACUGUAGCUAUGGACAGGGUAGUCAAAUUUAUUUCAAAACAAAAGCUUUGUUGGGCUGCAUCAAAUGCAGAAGAAAAGGAAUACUUAGGGGAACUGAUAAAUUACCAGUGUGCAUAAACAGUGAGGUAUGCCUCAAAUAAGCCUUUAAAACAUUAAAAAUUGAACUAUAACAUAUUCAUGCAAUAGUAUUUUUUCAGUGCUACUAGUGAAAAAAGUUAAAGCCUGUGCAAGAAAUUUACAAUAUGACAAUUUUGUUAUUCCUACCUUUUGACCCUAAUGCGCAGAUUUUCUGACAAAAUCUCUGUUAAAAAAAAUCUAAAUAUUUGCACAAGAUUUUAAACAUCACUGGGAAGCUGAAUUUAGAGGAAGUAACAUAAAAGUACAAUGCCCGUGACAGCCAACAUUAUGUAACUGGGCUGUAUGAGGUUGUUUAGAAGGCUAGGGUUAAAAAGAUAGGCAGGUUUUUUGUUUUUUUUUUUUAAAUUACCCCCACUAUUGAUGUGCUGAUUUGAAUGUAAGUACACCAGAUACUACAGCAAGGGGAUACACUGCAAAAAGGUCAUCUAUUUACAGAAGAGUGAUUUAAAGACAUUAUGGUUUUUUUGUUUUUUUUUUUUUUACAAAUAGAUGUAAGAACAGGAAUUGUCCACUUUUUAUAAAACUACAUUUCAACCCUCUGAUGUAAUCCAUUGAAUUGACUAUUAAAGGUAGUACUACCCUA